GGACUGAAGAAGAAGGCUAACUUGACAGCCGCGCUUCUUUCUUAGCUAGUCACCGGCCCGGCCCGAGAAUCCGUGUGUGUGUGUGUGUAGCCUCUGCAGAGAGGUGUUUUCUCCCGGAGUCCCUAGGGUCCGCUGGAGCUUCCGAGAACUGGGGAGGAGCCGUCCCAGUCAUGACCCCCUGCGGGAAUCUGCUGGGGGGCAAGUGGCCUGGAGUCCUCACGCCCCUCCGGCUUCUCCGGAGGGAGAGGUGAGCCCUGGGCAGCCCGCCCACAGCCAGAGGUGCCGGGAGCCCUGGGCCUGUCAUGGUGGCCGUCCGCAGCCAGCCUGAGGCACUCCCAGACGGGUUUGCAGCUGAGCUUGUUUAUCUGGUGUGGGAAGAAGAUGGGGAGUUACUUGUCCGUCCCGGCUUACUUCACCUCCAGAGACCCCUUUCGGUGUUCAGAAUGCCAGGAUUCCCUCACCAACUGGUACUAUGAGAAGGAUGGGAAGCUUUACUGCCACAAGGACUACUGGGGGAAGUUUGGGGAGUUCUGCCAUGGAUGCUCUCUGCUGAUGACAGGACCUGUCAUGGUGGCUGGGGAAUUCAAGUACCACCCAGAGUGCUUUGCCUGUAUGAGCUGCAAGGUGAUCAUUGAGGAUGGGGAUGCAUAUGCCCUGGUGCAGCACGCCACCCUCUACUGUGGGAAGUGCCAUAAUGAGGUGGUGCUGGCACCCAUGUUUGAGAGGCUCUCCACGGAGUCUGUUCAGGACCAGCUGCCCUACUCCGUCACACACAUCUCCAUGCCAGCCACCACCGAGGGCAGACGGGGCUUCUCCGUGUCCGUGGAAAGGGCCUGCUCCAACUACGCCACCACUGUGCAAGUCAAAGAGGUCAACCGGAUGCAUAUCAGUCCCAACAACCGCAACGCCAUCCACCCUGGGGAUCGCAUCCUGGAGAUCAAUGGGACCCCUGUCCGCACACUCCGAGUGGAAGAGGUAGAGGAUGCGAUUAACCAAACAAGCCAGACGCUUCAGCUCUUGAUUGAACAUGAUCCUGUCUCCCAGCGCCUGGACCAGCUGCGGCUGGAUGCACGACUCUCUCCCCACAUGCAGAAUGCUGCACACUCCCAUACCGUCAGCACCCUGGACACCAAGGAGAAUCUGGAAGGGACACUCAGGAGACGCUCCCUGAGGCGUAGUAACAGCAUCUCCAAGUCCCCUGGCCCCAGCUCCCCAAAGGAGCCCCUGCUCUUUAGCCGUGACAUCAGCCGCUCAGAAUCCCUCCGCUGUUCCAGUAGUAACUCACAGCAGAUCUUCCGGCCAUGUGACCUGAUCCACGGGGAGGUCCUGGGGAAGGGCUUCUUCGGGCAGGCCAUCAAGGUAACACACAAAGCAACUGGCAAAGUGAUGGUCAUGAAGGAGUUAAUUCGGUGUGAUGAGGAAACACAGAAGACUUUCCUGACUGAGGUGAAGGUGAUGCGAAGCCUAGACCACCCCAAUGUGCUCAAGUUCAUUGGUGUGCUAUACAAGGACAAGAAGCUGAACUUGCUGACAGAGUACAUUGAGGGGGGCACGCUGAAGGACUUUCUGCGCAGUGUGGACCCGUUUCCCUGGCAGCAGAAGGUCCAGUUUGCCAAAGGCAUCGCCUCUGGAAUGGCCUAUUUGCACUCCAUGUGUAUCAUCCACCGGGAUCUGAACUCACACAACUGCCUUAUCAAGCUGGACAAGACCGUGGUGGUGGCAGACUUUGGGCUGUCACGGCUCAUAGUUGAGGAGAGGAAAAAGCCCCCAGUGGAGAAGGCCACCACCAAGAAACGCACCUUGCGUAAGAAUGACCGCAAGAAGCGCUAUACAGUGGUGGGAAACCCCUACUGGAUGGCCCCUGAGAUGCUGAAUGGAAAGAGCUAUGAUGAGACGGUGGAUGUCUUCUCUUUUGGGAUCGUUCUCUGUGAGAUCAUCGGGCAGGUGUAUGCAGAUCCUGACUGCCUGCCCCGAACACUGGACUUUGGCCUCAACGUGAAGCUCUUCUGGGAGAAGUUUGUCCCCACAGACUGCCCCCCAGCCUUCUUCCCCCUGGCUGCCAUCUGCUGCAAACUGGAGCCCGAGAGCAGACCAGCAUUCUCAAAACUGGAGGACUCCUUUGAGGCUCUCUGCCUGUACCUGGGAGAGCUGGGCAUCCCGCUGCCUGCAGAGCUGGAAGAGCUGGACCACACUGUGAGCAUGCAGUACGGCCUGACCCGGGACUCACCCACCUAGCCCUGGCCCAGCCCCCUGCAGGGGGGCGUUCUGCAUCCACCAUUGCCCCCUCUGCGCCCCAUCCCUGCUGUGGGCAGGGUCACCCGGGCUUCCUGUGGAUUGGCAGCUUGUUUAGAAAUAGAACAAGCCAUCCCUACUACCUCCCCAGGAGGCGAGCGGGUGCAGCACCAGGAAAACACAUCAAGGUUUGGGGGCCUGGUUACUGUCUGUAGAUCCAACACUCGCCUGAAAGCUGUGAAGAAAAAAAAGAAAAAAAAAAAGAAAAAAAAAAGCGUGGCCCAUGGGCCAGGAGGAAUCUGUUACUUGUGACAACUUGGGACCUCCCUGGCAUUGGGAUUCCAGGAGGCUCUUCCUUACACUAAUCAGCAUGACCUGGACCUGCUGGGCAGGAUUCCAGGGUGAACCUGCCUGUGGGCUCUGAAGUCUCUAGUCCAGCUGGGUACAGGAGGACUUCAAGUGGAAGUGUGGACAAGAGAAAGGCUGGUGGCCAGGCGGCUGUCCGAGGAUGUGAAAUGACAGUGGUGCUACCCCUCCCCUUCCACUCUGUGUCCCACCCACCCUCCUCUGGGAUAGGGGUUCAGGCGUCAGGUUUUGAAGAGUCCCUUCGUUUGUGGUGGAACUGGCCAGGAGUCAGGGGAAGGGCUAGUUUGCUCAUCUCCCAGGCCUAGGGGCCACAUCAGUGUGAGGGGGAGCUUCCUCCUCACGCUGUCAAACUGUACUGCUAGAGGCUCGCUGAGAACUCCUGGGCCUCUCUACCUGCAACAAGCACUCACUCACAAAUGCAGCAAGAGACUGGGGCCUGGAGAGAAAGGGGCCCUGCCCUUUAAAAAGCCCAUACCCUGGCUGCUGUCAUUCAUUCCCCUGGUGGGCACCUCAGUCAGAAGCCCAGACCCUUAGCUUAGUGCUGGGUGGGUUAUGGAGGAUUGUGUGGCUUGCCACAGGCCCAGCAAAUGAGCCAAGAGAAUGGCUGUCUCAGCAGUCUCAGCCCUUCCCUUGUGGCAGCCAUUGCUCCCCCUUCACCAUGCCUGGUCCAGGCAGCAACUUGGGCAGGAAGAGGUAGUGGCAGAGUGGAGCUGGGAUGCUGGGGGAGGUUGCUCCCUAGUUGGGCUUUCUGGCUUCUACCUCCCUUGUUGGUUGGCCCAGCUCAUUAGCUCCUUGUAGCUCAUGGCUGCAGCUUCCUGGCACAGCUAUGGGCACUCAAAAGCCCUGGAGGCAUGCUCUACAUUGGCUCCCAGAACUUCAGGAACCCUUCAACACAACAAAAUUUGCCACCUCCUGUGUGUCUGUGAGCUUGCACCAUAUUUAACAAAUUGGGAAUGGGUUUGGGAUAUUAUUGCAAUGUGUGGUGGUUGUGUUUUUUGGGGGGAAAGGGGAGGUAAUGGGGGGGGGAGUGAUCCAGGAGAGUGGUUGAUGUUAAUACCGUUUUUGUUGCUUUAUCUGUUGGGUGAUAUGUGAAAAUACUGUACAUAGACCUGAUAAGUUGUGGGAUUAGAUGUCCUCUUUGGACAGAGUUUACCUGCUUUAUAGACCAUACUUAUGUGUGGAGUGUGCAAGCUUGCUGUAGGGUUGAGUCGUGGCUCUGAGCAACCCUAAGUCAGCUGGUUGUGCCUCAGCUGUCCCCAGCAAGCAUGGGAAUGGUGGGCCCAUGGUGGGCCAUUGAGCAGACCAAAUAAAUUAAGCAGUUAACAUAAGUGAUGUUACUGAGAAUGAAAAAUUGACUUGGGGCCUGACUCAGCAGGAGGAUAAACACGUGGGGAGGGGGUGGUCUGCUGGCCACUUUCAGGCCCCUGCCUGAUAACUCCCCACAGCGCGGGGACUUCUCAUGCCCCACCCCACCUCCGACUCCCUUUUAUAUAGACACCAAUCUGCUCCAAGGAACAAGGCAACCCAGUCCUUCAUUUGGGGACAGCGCUUCCACCCUCUGAUGCACGUAUAUUCCUAUAAACCUGGAUAUCCUCUCUGCAGGGCUGGGUGCCACCUUCAUAAAGGGAAGAAAUGAAUGCAAGUCACCUCCACCCCUUGUGUUUCCCUUCAAGUGAUUGAGAGAAGACCUGCCUUGCUUCUGCACAUGGGAGAUAGGGAGCACUGGACAGGAUAUCUGGCCAGUAGGAUCCUGGGCACAGUAUAAAUCCAUAUAACCCGAAGGUGAUUUCUCACAAAGCUUGGGGAGCUCAAUUUAAGGACAGAACCUGGUUUCUGGCUAAACUGAUAAUCUAGGGUAUCCCUUGUUUGUAGAAGUAUAAGCAAUGUCUAGGCGUGGGCAGAGAUCACCCUGGGUGUUCCAAGAGGUAGAGAACAUGUUGCUGAAAUCUCAUGCUGAAAGUCCAACAACUUCUAUUGGUAGCUUCUUCUGGAGCCCUAGGAGUUAACCCCACAGGGGACUUCCUCUAAGCUACAGCUCUCCCUGCAGCCCAAGGACCAUCCCCCUCUUUGGCUGCUGCAGCACCACCAUCCAUUACUUCUGUCUCCAGCCCCUACUAAGGGCUGCCUGGAUGUUCAUUUUAAUUAACUCCACUUUGGGAAGAAUGCUGAGGUGGGAAAUUUGCAGUGACCAAAAUCACCUGUGGGGAAGCCAGCAUACCCAUCUUUCCUACAGCUUCAACCUGAAUGAUUCCUAGUGAUGACAGAACGCAGAGGCAGCAGUUACCCACCACUCAGUUGCUGCCUCCCCGUUACAGGGCCAGGGUUAAUGAUGGACAGAGAGCCAGCACUUGCCACACAGGUGUGGACAAGGUAACCAAAAACCAGCCACCUUAUAAGAGGAGUGUCCUGGUACCCCAUGAAAACUUGGCGAUACAGAGUUUUUUGGGUUGUUUUGUUUUGUUUUUUAAUUUAUACAAGUCAAAUGCAGAGCAAUCUCCCGCACUGUAUAUGCAGGUAUCAGAAUGAGGUAUAUAAAACAUGUACACAGAGAAAAUGCUUUUAUAGAAAAGUAGAAACCAGUAAUGUACUGUUCUUCUCUUCAGCAUCGCUAACACCAAGGGACCCAUGAGGCCUAGGUCCCCUCAGCAAACCACUCCCAGAAAUAGUCUGCUGAAGAGAAUGGGCCCUACUGACCCCCCUCUCCAUGUGGGGCAGUGGAAGGGCUUUGGGAAGGAAGCACUGGAUAGGGAGCACUGCUAAGGCCUCCAAGUGUGACAUCAGGGCUUGGAGGCCCUGCUGAGCCAUUGGCUCAGGGCAGCACAGUGCUGUGGAGAAAUGUUACUCUCCUCUUGGCCAUGCCAGCAGCUUGCUCUAUGACCUUGAGCAUUACUUUCCCCCUAUGGGCCCCUGUGUCCAAAGACUUGAGGAACCCUAAGGUCCCUUCCAAUGGUUCUGAUUUAGAAGUUAGGGGUUGUGAUCCUAGCUCUACUACCCCAGAGGAAUGCACUGGCCUGGAGGCCACAGAGCCACCUGCAAACUCUGAGCUUAGUUUCUGAGUUAAGCAGAAGCAGCUCACAAGGCCCCACAGUGUAAUUCCCAUAGGUUGGUUAGCUGUUGUCUUACCCCUGAAAAAUGAAGAGGUCAUUAUCCACCCUGAACAGAGACUGUCUAGGGUACCCCAGGUCCCCCUCAGGUCCUGUGGCCUCAAGCAGCCGCAGAUCCUUUUCUACCCUCUUCCCAAGUGGAAUGUUCAAUGUGAUUCUGAAUCCCUUCCCUUCUUUUUGAAAUAGAGUCCCUGGGCCCAGAGCCAGCCCAUGGUUAUCAAGGCACAUCACCACCAGCAAGCUGGAGCACACCCAGGACCCCCAGCCUAGAUCCCAUUCUCAACCCACAGUUUUGACUUCUGUAUGAACUCAUUUCUGGUUCUCGGAGGUCAGUUGGGAGUUCCAUCCCAACUAUUUUAAAAACUAAAUAUAUUUUUUAAAUACUGCCUCUUGACCUGCUUGGCCUGAACUAUGGAUAACAGUAUGCGCCACUCAAGCCCACAGAGAACAAAUGGAAGGGCAGAGACUGAGGCCAUCUUAGAUAAUAAAGCACAGAGGAGCCUGGGGGAGCUCCUUGUCUGUCCCUGGUUCAGUUCCAGGGCACAGGCAAUGUUUGGAAGCCCUUGUCAGCAGCACUGCUGUGUGGGCUGCUGCUGUCUCCAUCCAUAGGCAAAAUCCUGCUCCAAGGGAUGGAGGAGGAACACUGGUAAGACCCUGCCCAGCCUCGCCCCCCCUCAGCACAACACCUGCUUCUGUUUU